ACUUCCUCUUUUUCAUAAACUAAGGUAAUGACCACGAUAGUCCAUGAAUCCAUUGAAUGAUCACUAACCAUAAUGCCAUCCAUCUUUCAAUUCACCAUUAUUAUCUAUAUCAAUCUUUAAAUCACCACUUUCAACUUGUAAAUUUAAUUUUUUCAUCACUUUUAUACUUCAUCCAUCCAUCCAUCCAUCCAUUAUAUCAACAUACAAUAGACUAUCAUGCCCGCCUUAGGUUUGCCCGCUGAUGUCAGUGCCACUGCUGAUGGUACCCGCAGAUUGUUCAACAAGUGGUCUUACGAAGAUGUUGAAGUCAAGGAUAUCUCUCUCCAAGACUACAUUCAAAUCCGUCAACAAGUCUACUUGCCCCACACUGCCGGUCGUUUCGCUGUCAAGCGUUUCCGUAAGGCUCAAUGCCCCAUUGUUGAACGUUUGACUAACGCUUUGAUGAUGACUGGUCGUAACAACGGUAAGAAGCUCAUGGCUGCCCGUAUUGUUCAACACGCUUUCGAAAUCAUCAACUUGUUGACUGAUGCCAACCCUCUUCAAAUCCUCGUUGAUGCCAUCAUCAACUGUGGUCCUCGUGAAGAUUCUACCCGUAUCGGUUCUCAAGGUACUGUCCGUCGUCAAGCUGUUGAUGUCUCUCCUCUCCGUCGUGUCAACCAAGCUAUCUCUUUGUUGACUGUCGGUACUAGAGAAUCCGCUUUCCGUAACGUCAAGACCGUUGCUGAAUGUCUCGCUGAUGAAUUGAUCAACGCUGCUAAGGGUUCCGCCAACUCUUACGCUAUUAAGAAGAAGGAUGAACUUGAACGUGUUGCCAAGUCCAACCGAUAAAUUAUUUGCUGUUGUAUUUUUUGGAGAGAGAGAGAGCGAAAAAAAAGAGAAAACAGAGGAGUUUCCUUUGUUUUGUCUUGGUUUCCUCCUUUUUUGUUGAAAAUAAACAUCCUCUUUUAAAACUUGUAA